AUGGGGGGUAUGUUUCCGUAUAUCCGGCAUCUUUUAGGCACGGACCCUAGCCCCGCACUACAGGCUGCAAUCAAGGCCAUAGGGCUGGCAAGCAUGUCAAACACACGCAUGUCGGCGGAGUUGAUGCGCGCUGCACGACAAGAGUAUAGCACGGCUUUACUAGCCACUAACCGCGCGCUACAAGAUCGGAUCCAAUUUAAAUCAGACUCCACUUUGGCCGCGGUGAUGCUACUUAGCAUGUACGAGACAAUUACCUGUCGCAGCCCGGACCUAAUGGGUCGAUGGAUGAGUCAUGUACAAGGGGCGACGAAGCUCAUUGAGAUGCGAGGUGCUCAGCAACUGCAGACUCCAACUGGCCUACAGUUGUUCUCCCAGAUCCGCAUACAGAUCACCUUGGGUCACAUAUUUUAUAAACAAUACGCACCGCCUGUCGUUGUCCAAUUGUCAAAGGAGGCGGCUGCCCACCGCGACAGCGGACUCGAAAAAAUUGAAGAUUUCUUCGACAUCCUAGUGCAAGUCAGCAACCUCUCCGCAGAAAUCCGUGCGAACGCCAGCAGGGGUUCGUCGUUCGGCAACCCCGCACCCUUCAUUCAAAAGGCCCUCCAGCUAGAUAUAGCCCUAGUAUCAUGGGCCACGUCCAUCAAUCCUGCCUGUCCAUACACCACUGUCAGUGCCCUCUAUACCAAAAAGCACGACUAUGAUUACCGCUCGGUGUACGGCGAAAGCUACCAUGUAUAUCCAAACGUCGAGAUCGCAUCUCUGUGGAACAACUACCGCCUCACGCGCAUCAUCAUCCACGAGAUUAUAGGCAGCAUCUACGUCAGACUACUGAAACCGGGUGGUCCGCCAGAGGACCGCCUGAUGGCGUUGCGGAGUAUAGCGAUCAGUAGGCAGAUGGCGGAGGAUAUAUGCUCCAGCGUGCCUUAUCACUUCAACUCCGGGGAUGUGGCCAUAGGGAGCGCGUUCCGGCUUAUCUGGCCAUUGUAUGUUGCGUCAGAUUGUGUGGGGUCAGCGCCCACGAUGAAGCAGUGGAUUGUGCGGACUCUAGAGAAGAUUGGACAAGCAACGGGCGUCCAGCAGGCCCUCACUAUGUCGCAGCUUGUGAAAAGAGAGACAGAGUUGCAAUGGUUGUCUAGAGAGUUGGAUAAAAUGGAGGGGAAUAUAGAAUCCGUCUAG